UGAUCUUCAGCUUGUGUGAGGCAGGCAUGUUACUAUGAGAUCUUUCCUUAAAGCUAUAGCUGUGGUUAUAUGGGUUUAAAACUCUGGAAUCACGAUUGUGGAGUUUUCAAGCCUGAAUGUCUGCCCCUGCAUCCCCCCCCCACCAAAGCUCUAAUGCUAUUAGCGUGAGUAAUAGUUCAGCAAAUAUCUGGCGUUAACGUUUGCCUUGCAGUAGGGUGGGAAGAAAGCUGUAAAGUGACUCUGCUCUUGUUUCCUGUUUCACUUUCCACACCCUAACCGUAACCUCGGGAGAAGAGCACUUUAGAAAGAAUUGUAUGAUCAUCAGCCGGUUGCUUAAACGCGGUGCUGCCAGAACGCUAGUCCCCUCAGAGUGUACUCCCCUGGCCACCCAGGGUCCUAGGAAUCGUCUGCGGCUGGAAGAGGGCUGGGCAGGUGAAUAAAUGACAGCUGUCAGGAAGUGUGCAGGAUGCUGUGAGAGUACAGCCCACAGAAGGUUUGCCUGAGAAAGAUUUUAUCAUGUGGGCAACCUGCUGCAACUGGUUCUGCCUGGAUGGACAGCCUGAGGAGGCCCCACCGCCCCAGGGAACCAGGACGCAGGCCUAUUCCAAUCCUGGGUACAGCUCCUUCCCUUCCCCGACAGGCUCGGAACCAAGCUGCAAGGCCUGUGGGGCCCACUUCGCAAACAUGGCCAGGAAGCAGACCUGCUUGGACUGUAAGAAAAACUUCUGCAUGACCUGUUCGAGCCAAGUCGGGAGCGGGCCCCGCCUCUGCCUUCUCUGCCAACGCUUCCGAGCCACAGCCUUCCAGCGGGAGGAGCUCAUGAAGAUGAAGGUGAAGGACCUGAGGGACUAUCUCAGCCUCCAUGACAUCUCCACUGAAAUGUGCCGGGAGAAGGAGGAGCUGGUGUUCUUGGUGCUCGGCCAGCAGCCUGCCAGCGCCCAGGAGGGCAGGACUCACGCCCCUACCCUGUCCCCAGACUUACCCGAGCAGCAGGCCUUCCUGAGCCAGCCUCACACCAGCACGGGACCGCCUACCUCCCCUAGCCUCCCCUCCUCACCUGCACCGGCCACCUCUGCGCCGCCAGCCCGGGCUCAGGCCAAUGGCCAUGUGUCUCAGGACCAAGAGGAGCCCAUCCACCUGGAGAGCACGGCCAGAGCACCUGCUGAGGAGGAGACCCAGUCCGUGGACUCAGAGGACAGCUUCGUCCCGGGCCGGAGGGCCUCUCUGUCUGACCUGACCGACCUGGAGGACAUCGAAGGUCUGACUGUGCGUCAGCUCAAAGAGAUCCUGGCUCGCAACUUCGUCAACUACAAGGGCUGCUGUGAGAAGUGGGAGCUGAUGGAGAGGGUGACGCGGCUGUACAAGGAUCAGAAGGGACUGCAGCACCUGGUGUGUGGUGCUGAAGACCAAAACGGGGGAGCAGUGCCGUCGAGUCUAGAAGAGAACCUGUGUCGGAUCUGCAUGGACUCGCCCAUUGACUGUGUUCUGCUGGAGUGUGGCCACAUGGUGACCUGUACCAAGUGCGGCAAGCGCAUGAACGAGUGUCCCAUCUGCCGGCAGUACGUGAUCCGAGCCGUACACGUCUUCCGAUCCUGAGGACUUGUACCGGCUUCUUCAGUGCCUUACAGGGACAUAGCUCAAGGUAUCUAGGCCCGCAGUUGGCCAGCUUGCAGGGGGCAGGCCAACAAGGAAAUCUGCAGUGUUCCCAAGACCAGGGCAAGCAAAGAUGCUGUGUCACCUCUUGGCAUGCCUGUCUUGGUUCAGAGGUGCAGCUCGGGGCCGGCAGAGCCUGAGGCCAGUGGGAACUGGUAGAUCACACGGGCAAGUCCCAGUUUCAGUGAUCUUGGGGUGAUCAUGGUGACUGAUGAAGAGAGGACUUUCCACAGUUUGGACCAUCUCUUUCUUCCUCUGAGAACCUAAACAGUUUCACCCUUCCUCCUGGAGUCUGCCCACCCGCCUGAGCUGUGUGCCUCUGUUUCACCCAUGAGAAGUCUUGGUAGAGAUGCCUCUCUUCCUCCCCAGCACACCUGGGUUCAUUUCUGGUCUCUCUGGCUUUCUGUGCUUUAAAACCAACCUUUGCUAAAGUCUCUUGCUUCAUUACUUAAAAUUCAUUCUUUCUUCAGACCAAAAAGAUGUUAGCUUACCAGACCAAUAGUAAUCCUCCUUAGGACAGGAUUUGGGCCAGUAAACUUAUCUUUGGUGAGAAAUGAAACACAAAUACCAUUGAAAGUUUUUGAAGUCAUUAAGAAUUGCUUCCUAAAGUGCUGGGAUUGGAAGCUAUCAGUCUCCUGACCGGACCUUGGGAGCCAACAAAGCAUCUAGCUCUCAAACUCCUGGGAAAUUCUGGUCUCUGUGCGUGAGCUGGUGCAUGGAUCAUCUCUGCUUCUCCUCUUAGGGCCCGACUUUGCACCAUCCUUCAUUCUAGUUUUUGAGAAGAGGAAAAGCACUGGGUGGAAGCAGUGGCUUUCUGCUUAGCUUUUGACUUCUCCAACAGAGAAGGCUUCUAUCAGUCUCCCUUGAGAAUGAAGUCUUUUUCCCGUGGAGGUUUUAAACACGGUCUGACUGAAGGCACAGACUUAGGCAGAGAGCCUGACUCUUCUCUAGCCAGACUUCCCAUGAAGUUCCUGGAGGCCAAGCAUGCAGGACAGAGUACCUGAGAGGUUCAGAAGGUACUGAAUGAGGCUGGAUUCAGCCCUUGAGUAGACAGCUGGAAGUUUUAGUUCCCCAGGUUGGUGGGGACUCCCUACUCCCAUUCCCUUUCUUAGCCUACUGACUUGGGGGCAGGUCAGGAACAGGCAUUCUCCAGGCCCUUUAGGAAGGACUGUGGAAUGAGUUAGUGAUAUUAGGGUCUUUUCACCACUGGAAGAGCGUAAGGAAAGUCUGCUGGAGAACCUUAGCCAAGCACAAACAUACAUAUGAUCAGAAGAGCGUGUGUGCAGCCAUUACCACUGGAUGAACUAUGCAAACCCUAAACACCUGAGGGCCUUGGCAGUCAUGCCUCCCCACCCCCACAGCCAAGACUUUGAAGAACCAACCAUGACUUUGGAAAGCAGUGAGAAACCUCUAAGGGAACCUAUUUAUUGGUACCGCUAAUCCUUUUUGGGGGAGUGAAAUAAUUUCAUAAAGUGGCUGUCAGCUGAACACUGGGCCACGUACCUCCACGUUAUACCAAGUCCUCAGUGAUUGGAUUCUGGGCUACUGCCUUUGUAGGGAACGGGGGGCGUUCAAGGUUUCCCUAUGAAGACACCAUCUUUCACCUUUCUGCUGGACAGUAAAUACUAGUUUACAGUGCCUACUAGUUUAGCAAAGGAUUCAAGCUACUUCUCAGUCCCACUGUGAAGCAGGUCUGCGUGUAUGCAGCUCCGUUAUAGCCUAGCAAUAACUGCAGAGCAGAAGCUGGCUCUGUCUCCCUGUUUAAAACUUGCUUUCUCUGUUGAGGCCUUACCUCUCCCUACCUGUUUCCCUCCUAGACAUGAGUUAAUAUCCGGAUGAUUGGUUUGUAACCUCAAUAAGAGAACUGAUGUCAUUUACUCAUUUUGGAGAAAGAACCUGCCUUGAAUUCUUCUAAUCUCUUUUGGUGAAGGUUUCCAUUUGGGGAAAAAGGUGUCAACCCCCCCCCCCCAUUUUUUGUUAUCUUCUUCAUUAUUUACCAGAUAAACGUUGGGAAUCCCCAGACCCCAUGUUCAGUUACUAUCUAAUCUAGGCAGAAACCCUGACUUUGAUCCUUUAAUGCUCUCUCCUGCCCCUCAUGGAUCCUUGGUCUUAAUUAUCAUGGAAACAUCUAAUUCUUCCAGUUAUUCCAUGGCUUUUGCUGUGAUUGUUCUGAGAUUUCAGUUGAGACUUGUUUUAAAAGCCUUGGAUAGCUGACUGGUUCAUAAUACAUUGCAAUAGCUGGAUCCACACUAGUAAGAGUAAGCUGUACAGGACUUAGUGCUCAAUAUAUAUUGUAUAAAUUUGUUGAACUCUUUUGGAUGUGAAUGUGUUAUUUCAAGUGGCUUAUAUUAAUAUUUUCUCAGACUUACUUGGGUGUUAAAGCAAACCCAAAUGUGUAUUUUUUGUUACAGAGCUCUGCUUUAUAAUUUUGUAAUAAAGUUCCAUUAUAGAUGCCUGUCCAAUCUGAUGUGAGGAUGCCAGAGGUCUGUUAAGUCUGACGUGAGCUGAUAAACCACAGGCUAAUCCCAGGCCGUGUGCAUACAGGCAUGCUCUUGAUAGACUGCAUUAUUCUUGGAGAUGCUUGGGCCAUGUGGCCUUGGUCAUGGAAAAGCCUAGAAGAGGAUGGGAGCAGGCUAGGAAAAGGACCAAUCCUCAGACUAAAAUAGCUUUGAAGAAGCAUCAGGUGAGUUCAUUUGACUCCGCCUUGGUAGAGCUGGACCUUAAAGACGUGGGUAGAAAGGAAUCUGAGGGCAGUCAGGGUGCCUAGUUAAGUCUUCACAUGACCCCGGGAGAUGGACAGGAGCUUGUGGAUGCAGCUGUGGUGGCUGGAGUGUGGCUCUGAGGUUGGCCCAGCCUUGAGGCAGACUGCCGUGUCUGUGCAAGUCUGUAUACCUUCCUGAGCAGGUGCCAGGAGAAGGGACUCCUGAGAACGCAGCCUUUGGGAGAGCUACAUUAAGCGCAACUCUGCGCUGUGACUGCCCGAAGGAGAAGGUGUUGUGCCAGAAGGGUGUAAAGGCUUGAAGUUGAGCCACAGCACUUUGUCCUCAUUGUUCUGGGCGGCUGACCCACACAGCACCCAGGAUGACCUCUUGUCUGCUGCCAACCAGAAGCAAAUAAACAAAGGCUCAAAAGAGGGCAGGCCACCAGGGCUCUGCCAGGGAGGUGUAAGAAGAUACUGCUUAGGAUCUUUGGAAGUACAUGGACACAAAAUUGUAAAUAACCUCAGCAGCAGAAAAAACAAACGUGUCAGAAAGACUGGAAGGAAAUAAACACCUCCAACAGUGGCCUGCAGGUAGCGCACCCAGUGAGGGGGCAGGCCUCUUUGCUGGGCAAGUGCGCCCUGAGUGAGACCGCAGGGGCAGGUGGGGCUGGGUCAGCCAGGCCGGAGGGCAGCUCUGCUGGCAGAAUCCCAAGGGGAGAGCCUCGUUCUGCUGCCCUGUCCAGCUGCUUGGCCUGAGGCGGCUGGAGAGGGCGAUGAAAAUUUUUGUAGGUCAGUGCUCAGAGGAGCAGCAGCUUUGGUCUCCACAGAGGGUAGAAAGAGUGUCUUAUUCUCAAUCCUGAAGCCAGACUGAAUGGUGUCUAUUCAGAAACACCAAAUAUCCUGGCCUAGAGUCAGGGCGGCACCACCUCCUCCUGCCUCUUCCUCCCAACAUGUUUUAACCAGCAGGUGGAAACCCAGGUCAGUCAGGUUGUAGUUGGCCUCCCAGCAGAGCAGGACCUUAGCCCAGCACACCGGUGGGGGCGGGGGGGGGGGGAGGGGCCCCAACUCACACAGACUUGAGCAAGUUUCAGAGGUUGAGUCACGUUAACCUUGCUCAGAGGGGCUGGACAAACAAGCCUGCCAAUUUGUUAAGAAACGAGAAUGAGAAUGGACCUUCAGAAGUCAGCAGAACUGAGUUGGAAGCCAGUUCAAAACCAGAUGGUGCCAUGAUGAGGCUGCACUCAGACCAGCAGGAGCUGGAACACACAGGUGCGAGGCUGUGGAAGUGGAAGUGGUGUGACGGCUCUGAAGUUACAGGCCAGGCCCCCUCCCCUGGGCAGGGGCUCAUGCCAGUGAGUUUCCCGACUCUGUAGACAACUUCAUGCCAGGCUCCGUGCUAAGUGCCUCACGUAACGCAUCUUGAGUGUACUUACUGAUUUUUCCCUGCCCAUUCCUCUACAGUUAUAGCUGUUAAGUUUCAGGGCUCAAUUUGAAACAGGUCUGUCUACACCUGCAUGGUCCAGUGUGGUACUCGCUAAAGUUGAAUGAAAAUGAAAAGUUCAGUUCCUCAGCUGUGUUAGCACAUUUCACGUGCUCAACAUGUGCUCAGCAGGCGAAUGCAGCUGGUUCACACCGGCUAGUGAUGUACAGGAUUCUGGUGCUGUUAAAACUUCAAUUGAACAGUACUUGUCUAUGCUGAACUGUUUUCCUUUUAUUCAAAUAAAUCAGCCUCGGGUGGCAUAAGAGCCAUUCUCUGUAAGCAGGCUGUGUAGAUCUGUUCUCAGGUGGGUUUUUAAAGAGCAGCCUUGUGUCCAUAUUUUGGGGAGGCAGAUUCUCCUGGAGCCCCGUCUCCCCAAGGAGCAGCCCAGACAACCUCCCUAUUCUUCAUAUAGGCCCUGUUUUCCUACCUGAUCCUGGUCCCCUCCCUUCAAACCAGACCCACACCCUGGAAUAGGAGAACACAGAGAAUUAAAGACAUAAAAUUCAUUGUUUUCUUUCAAAUGAGGCUUCAUUCCUGGCAAAAAGAGCCAGGCUGAAUAAAAGUUUUGCCAAAUAUAA